AUGGGAAGACAAAGACCAGAUAUGGCUAUGAAAAAAAUGCCCUGCCGUACGAAAAGUGCCGAUAUGCGCCAACUUUUGCCAUUGUCCCCUAGACGAUCAAGUGAAAGCCUCCUCGCUUUGUCAAGUGGUGCUGCAACUCGUCAGCAAAGUGAAAAUCGUCGUGGCCGUGGUGGUUUCAAGAAGUCGACUCCACACAACAAGCAACAA